UGGGCUGACUGCAAGCAGGAACUCCCGGAGUUGAGAUCUCUCUGCCUUCUCCCCUUAGUGCCCAGAUCUCUCUGCCUUCUUCCCUUGGAGCUGAGCUCGCGCUGCCUUCCCUCUCUCUCCCUUCCCGAUGCCCGCUGUGUGCUUGCAGCUCCCAGGUCAGCCUCCUGCCCAGGAAGAGAAGGGAAUGACCUCUCCCCCCUGGGAUCCUGCUCCCUCCCCAGCUGAGCCCUCAGAGGACCAAGGCCUGGCCCAGGCAGGGGGCCUGGAGACAGAGGCAAUGGCCCCUGGGAGCCACAGACCCCCAGCCCAGGAGUUGGUGACCUUCAAGGACGUGACUGUGGACUUCACCGCAGAGGAGUGGCACCUCUUGGACCAUCCUCAGAGAGAGAUGUACAAGGAGGUCAUGCUGGAGAAUGCCUGGAACCUGUUCUCCCUGGGACUUCCAGUUCCCAGAGAAGCUUUGAUCUCCCAUUGUGAGCAAGGGGAAGCACCAUGGAUGCUUGAGCGAGAAGGCCCAAGAACCUCCUGUGCAGAUGAAGAGACUAGGCAUGAAAUGAAGAAAGCUACUUCAAAGCUGAGCAUUUCUGUGGAAGAAUCACAACAGCAAAGAUUCAUGAAAAAUAGUCACCGUGACAUCAGUUUGAGAGAAAUCUGUGACUCUGGUAUCAAGAUAGGGAAAAAACAAAAGAGCCACUGUGACUUUAAAAAAGAUGGAAAGAGUUUCAACCAAUAUUCAGUCAUAAUUCAAUAUAAGAAAAUGACCUCAAGAAAUGACCAUUCUCAGGAUAAUAAAUCUAAGGAAUGCUUUACUAAAGAGGUAGAGGUUGUUGAGUCUCCUGAAAAGCCACCUGAAGUGAAAACUUAUCAAUGUGAGGGGGCCUUCAGCUUGAAUUCAGAAAUAAUUAGACAUCAGAAGAAUCACACCAGAGACGUGCUUUAUAUCUGUAAUGAAGGUAAAAAGACCUUCCAUUAUAAUUCAAAGCUUAUUGACUACCAGAAAAUUCACAAUGAAAACAAGUAUGGAUGUAAUGAAUGUGGCAAAGUAUUUAAGAGACAGUCAUCUCUUCUUUCCCAUCGAAGGACUCAUACUACAGAGAAAUCUCAUGAGUGCCAUGAAUGGCAUAAAGCUUUCAGUGAUGAUUCAUCCCUUAUUUUCCAACAGAGAAGAUACACUGGAAAGAAACUUUAUGAAUGUGAUCAUUGCAGAAAAACUUUCAGACAGAGGGUCCAUCUUGCUGAACAUCAGAGAAUCCACACUGGAGAGAAACCUUAUGAAUGUAAUCAGUGUGGAAAGGCUUUCACACAGAGCUCAAGUCUUUAUAAUCAUCAAAAAUUCCACACUGGAGAGAAACCUUAUGAAUGUAAUCAGUGUGGAAAAACAUUCAAGUUCAGCUACAGACUUGCUCUACAUCAGAGAAUCCACACUGGAGAGAAACCUUACAAAUGCACUCAAUGUGGAAAGACUUUCAUAUACAAUUCCAGUCUUGCUGAACAUCAGAGAAUCCACACUGGAGAUAAACCUUAUAAAUGUGAUCAAUGUGGAAAGAGCUUCAGAUAUAGUUCCAAUCUUGCUAAACAUCAGAGAAUCCACACUGGAGAAAAACCAUAUGAAUGUAAUCAGUGUGGGAAGAGUUUCAGACAUAGCUCAAGUUUUGCUAAACAUCAAAAAAUCCACACUGGAGAGAAACCUUAUGAAUGUGAUCAGUGUGGAAAAAUGUUCAGGUACAGCUACAGACUUGCUCUACACCACAGAAUCCACACUGGAGAGAAACCUUAUGAAUGUACUCAAUGUGGAAAGACUUUCAGACACAAUUCCAGGCUUACUGAACAUCAGAGAAUCCACACUGGAGAAAAACCUUAUGAAUGUAAUCAGUGUGGAAAGAGCUUCAGACAAAGUUCCGUUCUUGCUGAACAUAAGAGAAUCCACACUGGAGAAAAACCAUAUGAAUGUAAUCAGUGUGGAAAGAGUUUCAGACAUAGCUCAAGUUUUGCUAAACAUCAAAAAGUCCACACUGAAGAGAAACCUCAUGAAUGUAAUCAGUGUGGAAAAACUUUCAGGUGCAGCUCCGAACUUGCUCUACACCACAGAAUCCACGCUGGAGAGAAACCUUAUGAAUGUAAUCAGUGUGGAAAGGCUUUCACACAGAGCUCCAGCCUUCUUAAACAUCAGAGAAUCCACACUAGAGAGAAACGUUAUGAAUGUAAUCAAUGUGGGAAGACAUUCAGCUUCAACUCCAAACUUGCUCUACAUCAGAGGAUCCAUACUGGAGAGAAGACUUAUAAAUGUAAUCAGUGUGGAAAAGCUUUCAGACUCAGCUCUCAUCUUGUACUACAUCGCAGAAUCCACACUGGAGAAAAACCUUAUGAAUGUAAUCAGUGUGGAAAGAGCUUCAGACAAAGUUUCAUUCUUGCUGAACAUAAGAGAAUCCACACUGGAGAGAAACCUUAUGAAUGUAAUCAGUGUGGAAAGGCUUUCACACAGAGCUCAAGUCUUUAUAAUCACAAAAAAUUCCACACUGGAGAGAAACCUUAUGAAUGUAAUCAGUGUGGAAAAACUUUCAGGUGCAGGUCCAAACUUGCUCUACACCACAUAGUCCACACUGGAGAGAAACCUUAUGAAUGUAAUCAGUGUGGAAAGGCUUUCACACAGAGAUCCAGCCUUGUUAAACAUCAGAGAAUCCACACUGGAGAGAAACCUUAUGAAUGUAAUGAAUGUGGAAAGGCUUUUACACAACACUCCAAUCUUGGUAAACAUCAGAGAAUCCAUGCUGGAGAGAAGACUUAAAAAUGUAAUCAGGGUGGAAAAGCUUUCAGACUCAGCUCUCAUCUUGUACUACAUCACAGAAUCCAUACUGGAGAAAAACCUUAUGAAUAUAAUUAAUGUGGUAAAACUUUCUGGCAACAGUCAUCCCUUAUUUCCCAUAGAAGAAUCCAUAGUAGAUAUCACUGUACUGAAUAUGAAAAGGCAUUUAAAUGGUGUAAUGGGCUUGUUAGACAUCAGAAAAUUCAUUCUGGGGACAAGUUCAAUAAGGACUCAAUGUGGGAAGACCUUCAGUCAGAGAUCAUUUCUUGCUUUACAUGAGAGGAUUCAUAGUGGGCAUAGGUCUUUUGAUAGAAGAGAGAUGUCCCUAAGACAUCAAAAUAAUCCCACUGUUAUCAUAAAAGCAAUGAUUGUUGGAAAGCCUUGACUUUGAGCUCAUAUUUGACUGUAGAUUGGUGGAAUUAUGCUGAAGAUAAAAGAGAUGACCUCUUGUUUGAAAAUAGACCUAAUUUAACAUCCCAAUUUUCAUGCUGUGCAUAAACCCUAUAAAUGUAAUGGAUUUUUCUAUGAAAUAUUGUUUUUCAACACACUGUUGGACAUUUAUUUCUGUACUGAUUUCUUUAGGCUGCUAGGUGACACAGUGGAUAGAGUGUUGCUGCUGCAGGCAUAAGACCUGAGUUCAAAUUCGGUCUCUGAUACUUAGUAGAUAUGUGAUACUGGACAAAUCACUUAACCUAUUACUGCCUCAGUUUCCCCCAUCUGUUGUAGAAUGUGUAUACUAAUAACACCUACAUCCAAGGAUUAAUGUAAGAAUCAAAUGAGAUAAUACCUGUAACGUCUUUUGCAAGCAUUAAAUCACCAUUUCAAUGCUACCUAUUCUUAUCAUUCCUUGGGCCAUAAAUCUCAGAGUCAUUGGCUAAAAGAUAGGGAGAGAUUAAUCAUUUCCUUAUCCCUGCAAUGGAUAUUCAAAACCCUGUAGAGGAAGGCAGUACAUUGAAAUGAUGGGGCGCUGUUUUACAGUCAAGAAGACUUGGGUUCAAAUCUUGCCUCAGAUGCUCUCUAGCUUUGUAACUGUCCAAGGAACAACCUCUCUGUGCCUCAAUGUACUUACCUCCAAAAGGAGGAGGUUGGUCUCAGUGACUUCUGUGGUCUCUUCCAAAUCUACAUCUGUGUUCCCCUGAAAAGGGUGUUUAUACGUCUCUUUCUCCAACCUGUGACAAUAUUCCAGGCAGGAUACUUAGCAGGACCAAGUCUGAAACAAUAGCACAGGGCCAAGAUGGCAGGGCCUGACCUGACCUUUCCCUAAUCCCCUUCCCAAAGCAUUAAGUAGUCCCUCUGAAUGCAUUGUGCAGCAGAGAACCCACACUGGGUGCAGGACUCUGUGCCCAUAGUCCUGGGUGGCAGUCCCAGGGUGAGGAGGAGCACUAACACAUCAGAGCUUGUGACUGGGGACACUGGUCACAGUUCAGGACAGAAAAGAGUGCUUGUGGUCACUCACAGACCAGAGCAUAGGCCAGGGGAGCAGUGAACACCCCUCUCCUUAGGUCAUACUACCUCGGAAGAAAUGAAAAGUACAGAACUCCAGAACUAGCUCUGAAAAGAGCUGCACAAAAUCCCUGAGGCUUGGAAUACAGCAGAGGACAAAUACAACCUAGAAGGCAGCAUACAAAAGCUGGGUUGCUUUGAAAACAAAUGAUUUAGUAAAUAAGUUUUCAUGCAAUGGAAAUUCAUUCUUUUAUACUGAAUGCUCUCAUGUUCUGCUAAGCACUUAGAAAUUUUUUUCUUCAUUUCUCAUUUUGUAUUUAAGUUGUUUUUUUUUUU